UUCUUCUCGGUGAAAUGGCAGAGGUCGGUCAGAGGCUGGGGAGCGGAGUUUACCGACUGUCCGCCCUCAGGAACAGCCAGAGUCGGCCGGUGAGCGCCGGUGAAAGUCCCGGAUCUCUGCUGGUAAACUGCUCCUUCAUUGACAGCCGCGUUAAAGAGGAAUCAGCCCGGGACCAACGUGAAGUUCAGCCAGUGUCAGAAAGCAGAGCAACACAACGCAAACCAGAGAAACUUUCCAGAGGGAGGAAAAGUAAACGUCAACAGGUAAAUGGAAGUUUGCUUUGUGCCACGUCUUUGGAGCUGGAUUCAUCCCGUUUUAUCGGGUUUGUUCAAACCAGAGAGAGCGUCCAAGCUCAUAAAACAGCCCUGUACUUAGCUGCAAGACUGCAGCCUCUCCUCCAGGAGAAGCUGCCACUCUGCAGGAUGACAUGCUGGACCAGAGGAGCUAUUUCCAUACACCCUGACACCUUCAGAUCCCCUCAGCAGCUCCGAGCUCUCUGCACUGUUGUCUUCAUUCUGGCAGAUCAGGGAUCAGAGAGGCCAGGAUGUGGACAGAGACUGAGACAGCUGAAACUACAACCUGAUCCAUUUACAGCAACUAGAAACUACUGCUGGAGGAGUGAUGGGAGCUCAAAAGAUGCUCCUCUGCUGUACAGAAGCAGGACGGCCUAUUACGACAUCCUCAAAGUGUCCCCAGGUGCCACACAGUCCCAGAUCAAGACGGCCUACUACAAGCAGUCCUUUAUUUACCACCCUGACAAGAACCCAGGGAGCAAGGAGGCCACCCAGCGCUUCUCUGAGAUCAGUGAGGCUUACACCGUGCUGGGUAACAUCAGCCUGAGGAGGAAGUACGACCGGGGCAUCCUGAGCCAGUCAGAUAUCAGAAGUGCAGGGAGACCGUCCUCCAAAGAGACCACGAGCAGAUCCACAGGCUCCCAACAGCAGCAGCAGCAUCAACAGAGAGCCAGACGGUACUCCCAAACAGGCGGGAGGCCCAUGUUUGAUUUUGAUGCCUUUUAUCGGGCUCACUAUGGGGAGCAGCUACAGAGAGAGAAGGACAUGAGGGCCAGGAAGGAGCGCAUGCAGGAGCAGCAGAGGGAGCAGCUGAGCAGGUGGAGGCAGGGGAAGAUGAUGGAGGUGACUGUGGCGAUGCUGCUGGCCAUGGCAGGGCUGAUAUUUGUGAAUCUCACCAGGCCCUGAAAUAGAAGCAGCUACCAGAUGUGAUCCUAUGGGGUUACAUGUUACGACUCUCAGGGCGGGAGGAGACGGAGGGGGUUGGGGUGCUACCUCGGACUGUUUUGCAUGUGUUGCACAAUUUCUGACAGUUGCAGAGGAUUAUUUUAGUUUGUUGCAGGAGUAGACAAAGACUGUCUCUCUAAAGCAGCAGUUAGGCUUUCAUUCAUAAUAUGUAGCUGAUAAUAUUAAAGGAUAAGGUCACUAUUUUUCAAGUUUGUCUUAAAAAAAUAGUCAGGUGCCCAUAUGAGCAUUGAAUCAGUUUAUGCAUACUGUCAUCUAGGGGUGGGUGAUAUAAUGAAUAUACUCCAAGUAUCGUGGCUUGUUCCACAUGGGAUGUAGUAGAUGAUUAUAUCGUAACAUUGAUUACAAAUUGGCAAGUAAUUGUUUUAAGCCGCAAGAAACAAGAAAGUGUAUUCUUCUUGUAUACACUUUCUUGUUGCUUUGAGCUCAGUUUUUGUUAAUUGCUAAUUUAACUUGGUAAUUUAACUUUUCCCCUUUUUGAAUGCAAUUUUUUUGAAUUGUUCCAAAAGAAACCCCUGAUAUAUAUUCAGUAAACAAGAAUGUUUUGACAAAUGUUGCACCAUCAUACUGGUGUGAUUGUAUGCAUCAAAGGGUUAAAUCGUGCAUUUAUGAAGUGCUUUAAAGGAGAUUUCAAAAUAUUGAGAUAUAUAUCAUGUAUCACAAUACAGCCUAAAAAUAUAGCAAUAUUAUUUAUUGUUUAUAUUACUGUAAUUUCUCCUAUUCACACUGGCUAAUAAGAGAUCCCCUCCUAAUGUGUUUUCACUGUCAGUGAUGGAGGACAAAAUCCCACCCAUGCAUAAAUGUAUUCCAAAGUUUAUUUGCAGCUAAUUUGAGGCUUCAGCAGUCUGUGUUAGACAAAUCAUAUGUAUAUCAUCCAGAGUUACAGCCUUUUUUAGCAGCUCACUAUGGAAACAAAAAGUACGACAAAUACCGUAACUUUGGAAGUUAUCCACUUGAUCUGUCUAACACAGACUGCUGAAGCCUCACGUAACCAUCAGAUAAACUUGGGAAUAUGUUUUAUCCCAGAAUAAGGUCUGUGGAUUCUGCCCCCCAUCACUUACAUAGCGUAGGAUCUGAAAGACAUAAACAAACUUUACACUUACCUAUAAAGGUGUGACCUCUUAAAAAAACCUGUAAUUUCAAGUAGAAAUUGGAAAUCUGUGAGCCACAUAGCAAAAUGUGGAAGUAUGAUUCGAGCAUAUAGCUCUUUCAGGAAUCUCAAAAUCACCCAGUGAAAGGGUGAUAAGAUAUCAUAUUUCACAUUUCAUGGUUUUCUGACAUUUUAUUUAUUAUAAAAUUGGUAAAUGCUCAUUUGCCCAGAUGUUGCAACGUCUGCAGGAGAAAACCAGAGAAUCUGAUGUACAUGCACAUGAUGGAUUAGUCUUUGUACUGUCAACAGUUAUUCUACCAGUUGUGAAGCUGCUGUGUUAACCUGUUAAUUAACUAUCUAUUAGUCGUGGCAAGUUUGAACCCAAACAACUUUUUUUGACAGCUUUCAUAGAUUUUUUCUGUCCAUCCAAACACUGCACAAAUAUGGGAAACUGAAACUUUACAUGCUGAACAACACACGGUUCCUCCAUCUUUCCCUAUACACUGGUGCUGUAAUGUAGAGAAUUACUUUAAGUGUAGGAUUUGAAGAUAAUUUGCUAUUACACAUGUUUAACUGUAUAUGUGUAUGUAAUGUACAUACAGGACGCCACAUCGUGUUUGAUAUAUCAUUAGAAAUUUUUGAAUUGUUUAUUUUAUGUACAGGAAGCUGUA